CCCAUGCCCGACCACGAUGGAAAUGAACCAAAACAAGGGUAAUAAUACUACUUGAAAGGGGGUGAGUUGACCGCAACAGUCGUUCGUCCAAGGUUCCAUUCUGCAACGCUCUUUUCCUUUCUUCUUCAUCUGCAAUGCACCCCAGCCUGGCUGGUUUCACUCGUUUCUAAUCGCCGCUCGUCCACGAUGCAUGCUCUAUUCUGCGCGCUGUGGUUUCUUUUCGCGGCAGCGCAGGCUCUGUCGCUGCCCGGCUACAAGUUCUUUGAUCUCGACCUCACAUGGCAAGACAAUGCACCUGUCGGCCAUGCGAGAAAGAUGAUGCUCAUCAACGGGCAGAGUCCUGGCCCCGUGCUCCGAAUAGACCAGGACGACUGGGUGACUGUGCGCGUUCGGAAUCUCUCGCCCACAAACACGUCGCUUCACUUUCACGGCGUGGAAAUGUUCGGUACGCCCUGGUCCGACGGUGUCCCCGGUGUAACGCAAAACGCCAUCGCCCCGGGCCAAGUAUUCACACAUCGCUUCCGAGCCACACAGGCCGGUAGCUACUGGUACCACUCGCACAUUGACGACCAGAUCGAGGACGGCCUGUACGGCGCCGUGGUCAUCCGCCCACGACCCCACGACCCCAAGCCAUUUAGCAAGAUCUCCGCCGACCGAUAUGCCAUACAAGCAAUGGAAGCCGCCGAGAGGAAUGUCAAGCCGCUCACCAUUUACGACUACAUGCACAUCACGUCCAAGGAAAAGUGGCAGAUUACGCCUGCUGCGGGCAUCGAGCUUCCCUGCUACGACGCCAUCCUAUUCAACGGCAAGGGCCGGAUCCAAUGCCUACCCAUGGACGAGAUGAUGUCGCAUCUUGGCCCUGUGCAAAAGGCCGAUCUCGCCUUGGUUCCUGGCUCGACACUCACAGACAAGGGAUGCUUUCCUCCCGAAGUCAUGGCCGCAUUUGGCGGCAACAUCCAGUCAUUCAACAAAAGCGCCAUACCGGACGGCCUCUUCUCCGGCUGCGUGCCCACCUACGGCGAGCUGGAGACAUUUCACACACGAUACUCACCGUACCAAGAACACUGGGUGGCCAUGGAUAUUAUCGGCGCUACCAACUUCGCCAUUGGCGUCUUCUCCAUUGACGAGCACGAUAUGUGGGUGUAUGCCAUGGACGGGUCGUAUAUUGAGCCGCAAAAGGUGCAGACCAUGACGCUGGCCAACGGCGAGCGGUACUCCAUCAUGGUCAAGACUCAUCGUGCUGGGCAAUUCAAGAUGCGCUAUGCUGCCAACUCGGCGCCGCAGACCAUCACCGGCCAUGCCAUUCUCCACGUCCACGGCGCAAACCCGUCGUCUCUGCAAGCCUCGCAGCCAUGGACCGACAUCAUUGGAACCAAGUUCACCAACACCACGUGCUUUGACCAGGACGUUGCCCACCCGUUCCCGCCAGAGCCCAUCCCCGAGUCUGCCGACGACCUGUUUGUGCUCAACAUGCGCAUCGACGGCGCCUCCUACAUCUGGGCCCUCAACUCGACACGCCUAGAGCCGCACGCCAUGGAAUCCCGCAAGACGCCUAUGCUAUUCGCGCCAGAUACCACAGCCAACAAUGUCACCAUUAUGACCCGCAACGGCACCUGGGUUGACCUGAUCCUCUUCUCUAGUGUAUUCCCCAUGCCUCCGCAUCCCAUUCACAAACAUGGUGUCAAGAUGUACCAGAUUGGUGCCGGCCCGGGCCCGUUCAAGUGGAAAAGCGUGGAUGAGGCGAGAAAAGAGAUCCCAGAUGCCUUCAACCUCGCCAACCCGCCCAAGCGCGAUACCUUUACAUCGCAUCCUGCGCGAAAGGAAGUCAACUGGAUUGCCGUCCGGUACUUUGUAAACAAUAUGGGCAGCUGGCUCUUGCACUGUCACAUUAGCAACCAUAUGGUCGGUGGUAUGGCCAUGGUCAUUCUGGACGGAGUCGACGCUUGGUCGGACAUGGACAUACCGCAGGAAUACUACCGUGCUCUGGGAGAGCACUAAGGAACUUUUCCCCAAAGAAAAAGCUCAUCAAUUUUACGUAUGUAUUUGUAUAUAUAGAUUAUCUACGCUUUGUAUAUAAUGCUGUACUUUUCUUCUUCUUAGUAUGCGAUGGACGUGGCUAAUAGCUGCGCGGUAAACCCAGCAUUCGCUGCCCAAUAUAAUUCAGUAUCAUUUCCUUGCUGAUAGGAGCAAUCCUCGGUACAAAGACCUCGCGCAUGAACCUCUCCACCACGAAUUCCUUUGCGUAGCCCAUGCCUCCAUGUGCCAUGAUGGCUCGUUCACAUGCGGUGUAGGCGGCCUCGGCAGCGAGAUACUUGCCACCAUUGGCGUAUUCACCGCCAGUGUAUCCGUCAUCGUACAUUUUGGCCGCUUGGGCAAGCAUCAGGCGCGCUGCUUCCAGCUGCAACCAUGAGUCAGCUAAAGGAUGCUGGAUAGCUUGAUUCUGCCCUAUGGGACGUCCAAAGACAACGCGCUCUCCAGCAUAAAUCGCUGCUUUGCGCAACGCGGCGAAACCUAAUCCCACGGCCUCUGCUCCGAUGAGGAUUCGCUCCGCAUUCAUCCCGUGUAGAAUAGCCUUGAAACCCUUUCCUUCCUCCCCGAUGCGAUCACUGACUGGCACUUUCCAUCCGUCAAAGUAGACGUCAUUGGAAUCGACUGCAGAUCUGCCCAUCUUGCCAAUCUCCUUGACAUCCACUUGUGAGCGGUCCAGUGGCGUGUAGAAUAAGGAAAGCCCUUCAGAAGGACUUUUUACUUGCUCCACGGGUGUAGUACGAACCAGGAUCAGUAUCUUCUCGGCGUGUUGUGCUGUCGUGAUCCACGUCUUUUGGCCAGACAGAUAGUAAUAGUCGCCGUCUCUCUUGGCCACGCUCUUCAUCUUUAACGUGUCUAGACCAACAUUCGGUUCUGUUACAGCAAAACAGGCCUUUUCUUUUCCAUCUAUCAGCGGCCUCAAGUGUCGCUCCUUUUGCUCUCUGGUGCCAAAUUUCGCCACGGGCUCCAAGCCAAAAAUGUUGAUGUGGAUGGCACUAGCUGCGCUCAUACCGCCACCGGCUUCGGCAAUAGUCUGCAUCAUCGUGGAUGCUUCCUUUAUGCCUAGUGCUGAGCCUCCAUAUUCUUCAGGGAGACAGAUUCCCAGCCAUCCAUCCCGGGCAAGCGCCGCGUGGAGCUCGUGGGGAAAGGUAGCCGUCCUGUCUCGUUCAUGCCAGUACGAGUCGGGGAAAUCAGCACAGAUCUUGGAGAUGGCUGAUCGUACCUCCUGCUGGGAUGGAGUAAGAUCGGGAUCACUUUGAUGAAGAUAUUCUAUGCCGCGUGCCGAGUAGGAGCGACUACUAUUAAGCGCCAGGCGCUUAUAUCGGGAACCUAUCCGGCAUCUCACAGACUAUUCGUAUUAGCUUGUAGGCGUUGUCCUAAUCUAAAACACUCACCCUCAGAGGAAACAUUACAUCAAAUUGUACAUAAAGU